AUGGCUGCAGCGAUUCGACCCGAGGCGAGUAUACACCAAUGGCUUGAUGCCAUAGCGGUCGCGUCCCGCAAUCACGUGCCGAGAACUUUCACGGCUAUCAUAAAUGACAAAUGCAAAUUCACCCCGAAGAUGAGUGAAGAAUCCCGGGGCGCUGUAGAUCUUGUAGAGCGCCAAAACCAGCUCGCUGUCGCUGUCGCUCUGGAAAACGUAACCGUGAACCGUUUCGCACUCUCGGCGAAUGGAAUCAUAGUCAUAUAUUUCGCCGUUUACCACGGCAUGUAUUUGGUUGUCGCUUCUAUGAAGCGGCUGUCGCCCCGCGGAGGACAGGUCAUUGAUGGAAAGUCGACAAUGAGCCAGCCCUACUUGCUCGUUGUCACUGAUCCAAACGUCCGAGUCAUCAGGGCCACGGUGGGCGAUGAUAUCAACAGAGGCUUUGAGCUGCGUCACGUCGCAAGUCUCUUGGCCGUACCGCUAAAUUGGGAGUCCAACUUGGUUUCCGCGUUGGAAGGGGCACUUCCAUGA